AUGAAGAAAAGAAGGGAAAGGAAGCUGGAAACGAGAUUGAAGGAGAUGGGUCAUGGUGGAAGUUUGAAGAUCUACGGUGGUGAGUUAGUGCCGUCACGACCAUAUGUGACGAUACUGGUUUCGAUGUAUGACCGUGCUGAGAAAAUUCUUGCCGAAGCGUUGGAAAAGUACGGUAUCGAUCCGAUUAAUGGAAAUGACUACGUGUUAGUUGAGAUGCCGGUCUCGGAACAAACCAGUCAUAGUUUCAAUGAUCUUCGCAAUCUUCCAUCUGAUGGAAGAGUUAUCGACGCAGACGAAGCGCCACUAAUGCAGAUGGCCUCAAAGGGUAACGGGUACCCAGAAACGUACCUCGCGCUAAGGAGAAAGCAAAAUCGAGGUGCUCGAGCCGUCAUCCAAGAUCACGUGAAUAGUGUAUCAGAACCAGUGAGUGCUAUGACUUCGUCGUCAAAAGAACCGUCGUUGCACUUUCUCGCUCCUGGUGAGUUUUUAUCUGGAAGGCCUUAUGCUUCUUUUGUUUCGCUCACUGUGCGAGCAUAA